UGGUCCUCUGAUCUGAGAACACGGGGCUGUCGGCAGUGUAACCGUAAAAUGUCCCCGACCUCACAACACGCACGGAACGAAAAUAUUGUAAACACUGCGGUCCAACAUCUAGCUGCACCGCUGAACGUUCUCUGUUGGUUGUAGAUCAUGGGAGUCCACGGACUGUGGAAGUUACUGGAGAGUUCAGGAAGACCAAUCAACCCGGAGAGUCUGGAGGGAAAGAUCCUGGCUGUUGACAUCAGUAUCUGGCUGAACCAGGCUGUGAAGGGCGUGCGAGCUCGAGAUGGGAGCAGUGUUCAGAACGCUCACCUCCUCACUCUGUUCCACCGGGUCUGCAAGCUGCUCUACUUCCGCGUCCGGCCCGUGUUUGUGUUCGACGGGGACGCUCCCCUGCUCAAGAGGCAGACUCUGGCUGUGAGGCGACAGAGGAGGGAGGAGCUGACCAGAGAGUCUAAACAGACCAACGAGAAACUCCUCAAGACGUUCCUCAAACGCAGAGCCAUUCAGGCUGUUCUAGGAGAACAAAGUGAAGAGCCAGUCCUGAGUCUGUCAAAUGUGAGGAAAGAUGAGGAGGACAUCUACAUUCUGCCCGCUCUACCAGUUGUGGAUAAGGAGAACAGCUCUGGAGAAGAAGAAGAAGAAGCAGCAGAAGAUGAAGAGAGAUCUGGAGAUCAUAAAACGGACAGCCAUCACAUGUAUCAGGGAGAGAUGCACGGUGAUCCUAACUCAGUCGAUAUAAACGGUGAAGAGUUCAGCGAUCUUCCUCUGGAGGUCAGACACCAGAUCCUCAAAGACAUGAAGGAGUUUAGCAAGAGACGCAGAACCAUGUACCAGCCCCCCCCUGAGUGUUCUAGAGACUUCUCUCAGUACCAGCUGGAAGGCCUCCUGCAGAGGAAGCAUCUGAACCACCGUCUGGUGGAGGUGGAGCGAGAGAUGAACCAGAACAGCGCAGGGGCGGGGCCACAGCAAUACAGAGACCAGGACCCUUCCAACCAGAACCAAACCAUAGAGACACGCAGACUGCUCUCUGAGGACUCCACCCACUACAUCCUCAUUAAAGGUGGCCAGAAGAAGAAGGCGAAGGUCCCUGAUAACCAGCCUGCAGCCCUCCCCUGGUCGGGGGGCCCGCUGUCAGGGGCCCGGAGGCCCCGGGCGGGCCGACCCCAGCCGCUGUGGAGCACCGUCUGCGAGGAGGAGGAGGAGGAAGAGGAGGAGGAAGAGAAGCAAGCCUCAUCUUCCUCUUCGGCCCCCACACCCAACCACCUCCCCCCCUCCCCUCGCACCCUGCAGGCCAUCCAGGCGGCCAUGGAGAGCGGCUCAGAGGAGGAGCAGGAGCAGUUAGGGAGGAGGAGGAGGAGGAGUAGGAGCGUCUCCCCACGCACAGCUCUGGCCAUCCAACAAGCCCUGGCUGAGGAAGGGGAGGAGGCAGGUCCACUCCCCACCCUACCACCAACACCACCACCGCUGCAGCUCCCCACUCCAUCACCACCCCAGCUCCCCACCCUAACACCGCCACCAGUACAGCUCCACCCGCCAACACCACCCCCACCACCAAAGCUCCCCACUGCUUCACCCCCACAGCUCGACAGCAGCGCAACAGCGAAUAGCCGGCCCGGUAUGACUAUUCCAACCAAUCAGAAAGGCCGUGGGGUUGUCCUAUCAGGUGGUUGGCUGGACAGCAGUUCAGAAGAGGAGGAGGUGAUUAGAGAGGAGGUGCCCAGGGAGGAGAACAAACUAGGAGGGAGGAGGACAGUAGGGGAGAUGUCGGACCGGUCGAAGCCGGGAGAGAAGGUUCCAGAACCCAUCAAGAUAAACGAGGAGGGGGAGGAGGGAGAUCUUGUGUUGGUGGAGGAGGAGGAGGAGGAGGAGGAUGAAGGUGUGAUGGAUGAUGGGAGCGAUUCAGAAGAUAGCUUCAUCCAGGUCUCUGAUGAGGAGGAGCCGAAACAGGAAGAGGAUGAUGAUGUCACAGAACUAGGGGAAACGCCUCCGGCCUAUUCGGCACGUCCAGGUACCCAGAAUGAUGAGGACCAGAAGGAGGAGGUAGAGCAGAAGGAGGAGGUAGAGCAGAAGGAGGAGGUACAGCAGAAGGAGGAGGUAGAGCAGAAGGAGGAGGUAGAGCAGAAGGACGAGGUACGGAAGGAGGCGGUACCGCAGACGGACGAGGAGGAGGAGGAGGAGGUUACCAAGGCGUGGGAUGGUGUUGACAUGGCCGAGCUGGAGGCGCUAGAGAGCUGUCUGGAGGAGGAGCAGGCCAGCCUGAGACAGCAGAAGGACAAGCAGGAGAGGACGGCGGCCAGCGUCAGCGGACAGAUGUGCCUGGAGAGCCAGGAGCUGCUGCGUAUGUUUGGCGUGCCGUACAUGGUGGCGCCGUCGGAGGCGGAGGCCCAGUGUGCGUGUCUGGACCGCCGGGAGCUGACCCACGGGACCAUCACAGACGACUCAGACGUCUGGCUGUUUGGAGGGAGACACGUCUACAGGAACUUCUUCAGCCAGAGCAAAUACAUAGAGCACUACCAGUACACUGACCUGCACAACCAGCUGGGUCUGGACCGCAGCAAGCUGAUCAACAUGGCGUACCUUCUGGGCAGCGACUACACCGACGGCGUCCCGGGGGUGGGCUACGUCACCGGCAUGGAGAUCCUGAACGAGUUCCCUGGACCCAAUCUGGAGCCCCUCACUCAGCUCAGCACAUGGUGGUCGGCGGCCAAGCAGAGGAAGGCGUCGGACCCGCGGGACUCCAAGGUGAAGAAGAAGCUGCGCUCCCUCCAGCUGACGGCCGGCUUCCCCAAUCCGCUCAUAGCACAGGCCUACCUGCACCCCACCGUCGACCAAUCAGAGAGCGCCUUCAGCUGGGGACGCCCUCACCUGGAGCAGAUCAAAGAAUUCUGCCAGAGUCGGUUUGGCUGGACCAAUAAGAAGACAGACGAGGCUCUACAGCCAGUCAUCAAACAGCUGAACAGCCAGCAGAGCCAGCCGCGAAUCGACUCCUUCUUCCGCCAGGAGCAGCAGGAGCAGAAGGAGGUGCGCAGCACUAGGCUCCGCAGGGCGGUCACCUGCAUGAAGAGGAAGGAGCGGGAGGAGCAGACGGAGGAGUCCCUCUCGCCUUCCAAAUGCAAACAGGCCAAGCCAGCGGAGGGGAGGAAGGAGGUGUCCGUAGGGGGAGGGGGAGGGGGAGGGGAAGGGGGAGGAGGUGGCUUCCUGGGGGCAGAGGUUAGGGGAGAAGGAGCUCCUCUCAGUUCUCCGAGGAAGAGGAGGGAGGAGGAGGUCCCCCCCACGCCUCCCACGGGGGCGGAGGAGCCGGCCCGCUCCUCUCUCCUGCGGGGGGAGGAGCGGGGGGAGGAGAGCAGCGGUUCUGACAACAGCAGUGACGGGGGGCGGGAUGUCACCAUGGUAACGGCCAAGUCGGUGUUUGAGGGCAGCAGGGGGGGGCGGAGCAGGGGUGGGAGGGGCCGGGGGGGUAGGAGGGGGAGGGCAGGGGGAAGGAGGGGGAGGCUAUAAAGUGAACCCUCCAGAGUUGUUGUUGUUGGAAGUUAAUCAAGGAUAUUCGAGCAAGCUGGCGCUACCUAGCUCCUUAGCUUACUAGCCCCUGAGCUAACUAUUCAUCUACCAUGUUAGCCAUUAACUACCACUAUACAGAGGUAGCCAGAUCAUGUUUUUCUGUUAUGUCUGUAUUUGUAAUGACAUAUUUUUGGAUUGAAUAAAAAAAGUUGAAUACA